CCCCGCCCUUCCCAAAUACCAUCACCAAGCCCUAACACACCCCAGCUGCCUCUGUACCCACCAGCACCACAGCAGCCCACAGACACGCACCCAGCAGAGAGGAGACAGGCAGGAGACAGAGGGGAGACUCCGUGACUAACCAGGCUGGAGUAAAAGUGAGGAAACGGCACGGCAGGAAAUGAAGAGCCAGAGCCAAGCAGGAAAGCAACAUUUGCCUUAACUGUUCAGAACGUCGGAUUCAGCACAAAGCAAAAGAGAACGAUAGUCACACUGACUGAAGGCUGUGAGGACACAAAGCAUCUGCUGAAUACCGGGAGUUUACCUUCUGAAAGACCUGGAUACAGCAGAGAAAGGUCUGAACCCUCGACAUAAAGGCUAUUAACCUCCACCUGAUCAAUACCAUCCCUCUGACCUCGGGAUCUGGAUGUCCAUGCAGUGGAGGCCGACCUCUUCUUCUCUCCACGGGCGUUCUCAGAGUGGGAGGACAGGUUAAAGAACAGAGUACAUUCUCAUCGUCUCACCGCGUCUGUGAGAGGAGAGAGAGACAGAUCCUCAGAGCGACUCCACCAAUCACACAGCCCAGGGAUGAGUCUGUCGAGAAACGGGACCCUGGAGAAGGGCAUCACCCAGCUGAAUCACAUUAAUAAUGGGGAACCUCUGUCAUCACUGCCAUCCCACCUCCAGCACACAGGCUCUGUGACCUCUGUGCCAAGGUCACCCACAGGCGGGUCAGGAGUGGUGGUGCCACCCCCGUAUUCAGUGGCGGGCAGCGCAUCAGGGGGUACAGACGCCCCUCUGGAGCUGAGAGGCUCUCUGGACUGCUGGGCGUGCUCAGUACUGGUGACGGCUCAGAACCUGAUCAUCGCACUGGUCAACGGCACACUGGCCAGCAUCGUGUUUGGCACCAUCUUGACCCCAGCGCUGGUCAUGGUCGUGUUUGGCUUCCUGUGUCACUCCACGGUGCAGCCCAAUGGCACGUCCCUGUACUGUUCAGACCUGCUGGAUGACGGUGGCUGUGUGGCCCUGCUGGUGGUGGGCUUCAUCCUGGUCACCCCCCUCCUGGUCCUGGCUCUGGCUGCCUACUGCCGCCUGGCCCGCCAUCUCCAACUGGGCCUCUGUUUCAUCCCCUACAGCAGGGCCGUAUACAAGAACCUGCCUGCCUCGCGCCACCGUGGAGGGGACUGCUGCGGCCAGCAUGGGGCCUCAGAGGGGGAGGGCAAAGGCAGUGUGUGGGUGUGAGUAGAGUAGAUGUUGACCCAACCACCGAUGCAGGGUCAGAUAACAUUUUUUUCCUCCUUAUGGUGAAGGUUAGGAUUGGGGGUCAAGUAAUUUGAUCCUAGAUCUGUGGAUAGGGGCAACUUGUACUUUGAGUAGGGAGGGGGAAGAAUGUGAAGGAAUGGAGAAAGAAAACAGAGCAUGAGGUGUGGAGAUUAUGGACAUCUUUCAUAUGUCUGUAGGUCUGGGGGUGGUGUGGAGGUGGAUCUUACAAUACACUGGUUCUUUUAUAAGUAGAGAGCAAAGGUGAUGCUGUAAAAACACACAACUAUGCUACAUGAAGUACUAUCAAAUAUCCCUGUAACUACGCUGUAAUUCAAUGUCGCUUUAUUGCGUUUGUUUUUUAAAUAUUCAAUAAUGCUGUACUUUAAUUACGUUAUGCUUGUUUGGAAUAAAAUGUUCCAUCAUAUCGAAAAAGAUGCUUUGUGUUAAAGAAAUAAAGAAAAGGGAAUCAGG